AUGGAUAUUGAUGAUAUUUUGAAAGAGUUUGAAGAAUCUUCCAAACAUGAAAAGAUCAGUAGUAAAACCUCAUCAGUCAAUUUAUACCAAGAUUUGCUAAGAGCCAUGAUCAACGAACGAAUGGCUCCUGAAUUAUUGCCAUAUAAACAAGACUUAAUGUCCACUGUUUUAACCAUGAUGUCUAACCAACAACAAUACUUACUAGAAUCCCACGAGUAUGGAGACAUGAAUGGCGAAAGUGGGGUAUUAUCUGGUGACUUUAAAUUACAACUAAUGAUUAUUGAGACCGAUUUAGAGCGUCUUAACUAUAUUGUUCGGCUAUACAUACGGACCCGAUUGAGUAAAUUAAACAAAUUCACUAUUUUUUAUAUCAACGAAAGUAACGAAAAUGACACGUUACUAUCUAAAGAGGAAAAAGAUUACCUUCACAAGUAUUUUCAAAUUUUAACUCAAUUAUAUAACAAUUGUUUCCUCAAAAAACUUCCGCAAAUAUUGUCGUUUUUGGACGACACCAGUGGCGGUCAAUCAAUGAUUGUUGAACCUGAUUUAGAUCAGUCUGUAUUUAUCAAAUGUACUCUGGAAGUUCCAAUUUUGCUAGAUUAUGAUGGAACUACAGAGAUUGAUUUAGAAUUAAUAAAAAAUGGAGUCUACGUCGUGAAAUACAGUUUAGUCAAAAGAUAUAUUGAUAUUGGAGAUGUGAUAUUAAUAUGA